AUGGCGCCAGCGGGUAACUUGAGCCAUCCAGUGAGCGCGAGGGCCGUAAGCGUAGUUCUCAUCCUGCUAAGUGUUUCAGCGGGCGGUGAGCGGCAAUGCUCUUGGUGCGGUCCCCUAGCUGAGCAAGUGCACCGUAGUCAGCGCGCGCCAUCUUGCGACGACCCCGGAGUCACCACCUGCGACGACGGAUUCCCACACUGCGCUAUCGUGGCCACUUCACCACCCUACGUGGAGUCUAGACUAUGCGUGAAAUUGUACCAAGAUGAAUGCUACUCAAUUUUCUGCAAUUCCUCUCGGACUUGGCGAAUGACAUGCCCGUGCCGCGGGGACCUUUGCAAUAAAAAGAAAACUGAAAGAGAAGAUGAAGCUUUUGCAUUUCUGGCUACACUUGGCUCGAAGAUACAAAAUCUCCGAAUCAAGAAACGAACAGUUACCCACGCAAAAUUUAUAUCUAGAACCGAAAAUAAAACCAUUGUAAAUAACGAAGAUAAUUAUAACGAUGGCAACACUGAUAUAAGAUUAAACGAUAAAGAUAUAAGCCAAGUUGAAAACAAUAAUGUAAUGGAAACAGAGAUAAAAGGUCCAGAUGACGUUAUGCCUACAAAUAACAAUGUAUUCAAUGCUAGAAAAAAUGAUAUAAACAACGAAGGAAGUACAAAUUAUACAACUUCGGCGAUCCCAACCGUUGAAAAUGAUAAUAAAAAAACCACCAUUAAUGCUGAUGAUGACAAAAAUAUGAACAUAAAUGCAUAUGUGGCUGCAAGCACUAAUUCCCCAAAUGUUGGUUCAGUAGUUAAUGAUAUGCCUCGGCCUACAGAAAUUUCAGUAAGUACAACUCAAAGUGAACCUAAGGAGGAACUACCUAGAUCCUUAGUAGAAACAACCGUAGAAACUCAACAUAAAGACAUAAAUGUCGACGUGGACAAUAACAUUGACCGUGCAGCUGAAAUACCAGCUACAGAAAAAAAUAUUGAUGAAAAAAUUUCAAUGAAACCUGACUUAAAACCCAAUGCUGCAAUGCCAACAGCAGAAGCUCUUCAACAAAAUUCGAGUCCAUCAGUUGUUACUGAAAAGAGUCAACCAAUUACUGAUCAAACAACAGAGACGACUGUAAUGAUGACCACUCGAGGUCAAGAUCAUAUUACAGCAACACCAGACCCUAUGAAGAUGAAGAAAAAUAAUGCAGUUGUUAAAUCUUUGCACUAUUCACUUAUAUCAUUUUGGGUGAUUUUAUACUUUAUAUAA